GGGGCUGGUUCUAGACAGGAGCAGCUGGAAAUUCUGAUCAAGCCCAUCAGGCAGAGGUCCCUCCAGAGCCCCCGUUGAUGAGGACGAUGGGACAGGUGAGGCUGGACAGUGGGGCUGAGAUGUCUGUGGGCCUACAGAAGAAGGAGCCUUCCUGGCUGUCCCCAAGGCUGAGGCUGGUGGGUGGAAAGAAGAAUGGAGGGGAGAAGAGCCAGCCCAGCCACUUGCAAGCUAGAAUGUUAACCCUUGGGUGCCCAUCCAGCUCCUCCUCAGAGGCAAAACUAGGACCUUAGGGGCAGGCCAGGGGAGGGCCUCUUCAGCCACCUUCAAAGUCAGCUUCCCACGUGGUGGCUACACUCUCUUCACAGCAAUGCCUGACAUAGCUCAGAAAGCCAGGCAGCCCUUGAGUUACGCUGUCCUCAGACAUCAAUAUCUUGAAGUGUCUAUGACAAGGCUGUCUUCCUGAGUAUCCCCUUUCCCGCGGGUUCUGUCCUCCAUACUGUCUAAAACUGGGGGCUCACAGGCUUGUGGCAGCCGGCCGGGAACAGAGACACAUCUUCUGCACCGUCCGGUUUCCAGCGGGUCCUGCAGUAAAGGUACCGGAGAGCCUGGGCAGCUGUUCCCACCCAGGGCUACCUCUUCUACUGCCCAGCAGGGCCUGAAGUCCCCCCCAUGACCGUCCUCCCUCUUCUCCACCCUCCCUCCCCUAGAUCAGGCCAGGACCCUCACCAGAUCCCUGUUACAGAAUGGCCUUGGACCAUCCCAUGCCUCUUCCCUCUCUCUGCCAUCAACAUCUCAUCAUUUCCAAGGCCUCAGUGCGGCCUCUCCUCCCUGAUCCUCCCUGGUAGCCUGGCCAGGGCCUCUCCCCUCUGGUAGCAGCUAACAAACUUUUGGGGUUUUAUGUCAACCAGCAUGUUGUGCUGUUUCCUAGCCCUCCUUGUUUUUCCAAUGUACUGAUUAUCUGUGGCAUUUGUGUCAUCAUCUGGUUACUGAGGCAGAGCCCAGAGCACAGGAAGGUACCAGCUCUCACCCCACCUGACAGCAUUUCCCUGAAUCUGGGGACAUCCAGCUGCCAGGAGGCAACCUUGAGCUGGGGAAGGAAAGCUCUAGAGUCCCUCUGUCCCUGCCUGGAGAAGGGGAGCUCUGGGUCAGGGAGAGGGCUAAGGAGACCCCGGUUGAGGAGGAGGGAGAGAGGAAGGAAGGGAAUGAUGGCAGGGGGUGGUCAGGGGCCAGUCCCAGUGCUCUGAGGGUGGGCAGCUCAUGGGCCAGGUGGGAGCUGAAGGAGGGGAGAUCUCAGGAAACUUCCUGGUCAUGAUAAGAGCUGGCAGCUUGGAGGCAGAGCCUGAUGGGGCUCCAAUAGGCAGGAUGGCCUCGAGCCGGCACUGCCACCCCUGAUUAAGCAGUUGGGCUCCUUUUGACACACACACCCACAGCUCCAAAAGGUCUCCAGCAUGGGAUAAGUUCCCAGUGAAACUGAGUUUGGGGCCCUGGUUUUUCCAGUAGCAGAGCCAGACCUGUGUGGAACCAGGUGGGAGGAAGGGCUGGUCCUAGGGAAAUCAUCUCUGGCUUGAAGUCUGGAAGUGGGUGCAUGAACAUGAACUUGAGAGGAGUGGACAGCCCACAAGAUGUCUGGCUCGGUGUUGCAUGUCACAGGGACACAACAAUGAGCAGAUGCAAGUCCUGUGCUCGAGGAGUGUCCUGUGUAAUUGAAAUUUAGACUCAUAGGAACACCUUCCAUAUCCUCGUGAGAAGUUCAGUGUGGGAUCAAGCUUGGCCUGGGUUAAUCAGGGAAGGCUUCUUGAAGAAGAUGACACGUGGGUUGUCGAGGGAGAGCAAGACAGUGCAUGCCAGUGAGGAAAUCUUGGGAAAGCUGGAUUCAGGGACCACUGCAUCCUGGGGUAAAGGGCAGAAUCUGGAGCAUUGUAGACAUGGCUGAUGCCCCUGCUGCUGCUGGUCUCUCUCUUGGCAAGCCGGAGUACUACCGAGGAGGUGUCAGAGCACUGUAGCCACAUGAUUGGGAACGGGCACCUGCAGUUCCUCCAGCAGCUGAUUGACAGUCAGAUGGAGACGUCAUGCCAGAUUGCCUUUGAGUUUGUAGACCAGGAACUAUUGAAAGAUCCCGUGUGCUACCUUAAGAAGGCGUUUGUUCUGAUGCAAGACAUAAUGGAGGACACCAUGCGCUUCAAAGACAAUACUCCCAACGCCAAUGUCAUUGUGAAGCUCCAGGAACUCUCUCUGAGGCUAAAAAGCUGCUUCACAAAGGACUACGAAGAGCAGGACAAGGCCUGUGUCCGGACUUUCUAUGAGACACCCCUGCAGUUGCUGGAAAAGAUCAAGAAUGUCUUUAAUGAAACAAAGAAUCUCCUUAAAAAGGACUGGAACAUUUUCAGCAAGAACUGCAACAACAGCUUUGCUAAGUGCUCCAGCCAAGAUGUGGUGACCAAGCCUGAUUGCAACUGCCUGUACCCCACAGCCACCCCUAGCAGUGACCUGGCCUCUGUCUCCCCUCAGCAGCCCCUUGCCCCCUCCAUGGCCCCUAUGGCUGGCUUGACCUGGGCCGACUCUGAGGGGACAGAGGGCAGCUCCCUCUUGCCCAGUGAGCAGCCCCUCCGCACAGUGGACCUGGACCCGGGCAGUGCCAAGCAGCGACCACCCAGAAGCACCUGCCAGAGCUUUGACUCUCCGGAGCCCCCAGGUGUGGAGGCCAGCCCCGCCGGAGAUUCACUUCAGGCCCUGCCCUCUGUCAGGGCCCCCGUCCCUGGGAUGGAAGACGUUCUGGACUCUGCAUUGGGCACUAACUGGACCCUAGAAGAGGCCUCUGGAGAGGCUAGUGAGGGUCCCACGCUGCAAGGGGCAGAGCUUUCUCCCUCCAGGCUGGGAGGAGGCGGAGGCCAAGCCCAGACGACUGCCAGGCCCGGGGACCUCUUGUCAGCAUCUUUUCUGCUGUCCUACUCAGCCGGGGGCUGGCAGCCAGGGGACGUGCCCGGCCUACCCCCGCCCACGGCGGGCCCUGCGAGACCCACUGGCCCGGCCCAGAGUCGCACGCCUGAGAAGACCGAGCGACUGUCUGCCGCGCCCGGAGACCAUCAGAAGCCAGGCCCUGCCAGGACCCCGCCACGGCCCCCGAGAGGCCUCGGCAGCCCCGCAGCCCGCUCCGAGCAGCCAGGGCUCCCCAAAAGGCUCUCCUGGGGCCGUGCGCUGCCCCUCGGGGACGUGGAGGGCAGAAGGAGCACCCGGGGCCGCAGGAGCCCCGCGCAGCCGGAAGGAGGACAAGCGAGCGAGGGGGCGGCCGGGGCCCUGGCCCACUCUAACGCCGUUCCUUUGACUGACGCAGGCCACGAGAAUCAGCAGGAGGGACCCUCUGGCCCUCAGCUCCCCAGGUUUGCCUUCCGCCUCCUGGUGCCCAGUGUCAUCCUGGUCCUGCUGGCCGUUGGUGGCCUCCUGCUGUACAGGCGGAGACGGCGGAGUCAUCGAGAGCCUCAGGCAGCGGAUUCUCCUGUGGAGCAACCAGAGGGCAGCCCCCUGACCCAGGAUGAGGAGAGACAGGUGGAACUGCCGGUGUAGGGGCGUUUCUAAGCUGGGCGCACAGGACAGUCUCUCCAUGGGAGGAGACCUUAUGGGGGUGUCCACCACCACCCAUCCCCAGCCAUUCUCCUGGGAGUAUGGCCUGCCCACCACAAGAGCUCUUGCCUGCCAGGACUAGACCAGAGCAGCAAGGCUGGGGUCCCUCUGCCCUCGCCCCCUCAGACUGGACUGACUAGGAGAGGGCUGGAGAUGCUCCCCACGCUGCUGAUAUUUAUCGUGGGCCCUGGAGGCGCCCACCCACUGGAGGAAGGUGAGGAAGCUCGGCCGAGGACCCUCUGCACCUCGGGGACUGUGUCCUGCUGCAUCUCCCCUCCAAGCCUCGCCCGGGCCAGGGACCCAGAGGCCCUAGGCUGUGGGAGUGCAGGGUGGGCACCGAGGCUCAGAGGACCGCCUGGUGCCAAGGGGUCCCGACGCCAACAAGCAGGGACUUGUCUCCAGAGAGAAGCCAGAGGUAGGCAGGGCGGCCGGCGGCCGGGUUUCCCUGAGGCGUGCAGCCCAAAGCCGGAAGGGAAGGCCUGCGCCACUGGGCUCACCCACCUGCUUGCCCGGUGCCCCCGCCGGCUGCGCAGCUCUGCCCCGGACCGUGCGGCUUGGCUCCGCUGCCAAGGGCAGGCCAGCUCUGGCAUCUGCGCCGCCGCCCCAGCCCUGCCAGGGCCCCGGGGGCGCCGAAGCCCAUGAAGAGGCCAUUGCACUGUGAACCCCGAACCUGCCUGCUGAACAGCCGCCCAGCCCUGCGAGUGCCACUGUCCGGCUCCACGUCUGGGCCAGGGGCCGCCCGCCCGGCCGGAGCUGGUCUUCAGGCUGUGUCGCUCACAGGUUUCUGCAUCUUGCACUUUGAUGUCCCUAGGGGGAGGUGACAAGCGGGAGGGAGGAGGCGGGAGCGCAUAGGCCCACGGGGGCUUCGCUGCCCACCGACUGCCCAAGGGUCUCUGCAGGCCUGGGCAUCCUCCGAGCUGGGGGAGGCGUCCGCGCCCCGGCCGCAGCCUGGCCCCCUUCCCCAUGCGGCCCGGCCCCGUCCCAGCAGCAGGCCUCACUCCAGCCUCCCAGCACAGCGCCGCUCCCGUCCCCUUCCUGCCCUCUCUUCCCCACCGUCCCCGGGGAGGCAGGGAUCCCCCCAGCCCGGCCCCUACACUGUGUCUCCCACCGGGCCACAGGCCAGCCAUGACGGAGAGGGACCAGGCAGCUGGAGUCCGCCUGAAGCCUCAGCUUCCUGGGCCGGCCCGCGGCCACUGCUCUGAGAGCUGGCGGUCGGUGAUGGGGCCGAUUGCCCGUGGUCCUUUUGUGCUGCUGUGUCUCUCCUCUCCUGCUGCCCUGGGCCCUCCACCGAGAGAUGCCACCCUUCCUGGCCGCUAAGCCGGGGCCCAUGAACUUUCCUUCCUGCCCUCAAAAGCGGGGGUCUCGUGGCUCCUGCCACCCCGGCCCUGCUGCUCUCAGCUGAAGGGGAGGCAGCUGGGAACUUGCCCUGUGGGGCUCCUUCUAGUCUCAGACUCUAUAUUUGAUGCUAGAAAAUAUGUAUUUAAAAGGGAAAGGGAAAAAAAAACACAGAAAAAAGGCAUUCCUCCCCCACCCCAAACAUAUAGUAUUUUAAAAGUCAAGAAAGCAAAUCCAACCCACUGCAGAAGUUCUUUGUGGGCACUUGGUGACACAGGCGUAGGAGGGGCCCCAGCCCUCUGGGUGGCUCCCCUGGCUACCUGCACAGGAAUCCCUUCGUUGAGAAAGCUGAGAGGGAACAUUGGCUCACACACUGUGAGAUUUUGUUUUUAUACUUGGAAGUGAUGAAUUAUUUUAUAUAAAGUCAUUGAAAUAUCUAUUUAAAAAAUAGGAAGCUGCUUUUAUAUUUAAUAAUAAAAGAAGUGCACAAGCUGC